AUGGCACGGCAACAUUUGAUUGAAAGUGUAAAGGGGCUUCGUGCAGACAAUGGGCAACUCGAACAGGUGUCGCGUUCCACAGGGCAUGCUUAUGCGCGUGCAUCAGCGCGUGUUGCAGGGCCGUACGUACACGUGGUGCUGCGCGCACUAAAUAUUAAGAUACACGAAUUUCUUUUUUUUAAUCUUUCAUCAAUCUCUCUUUCUCUCUUACACUUUCCCUCUCUUUUACUCUCUCUCUCUCUCUCUCCUUUACUAUUUAUUUCUAUCCCUCUUUUAUUCUUUCUCUCUCCCUCUUUUACUCUUCCUCUCUCUCUUCCUCUUUCUCUCUUCCUUUUACACUUUCUCUUUCUUUUACACUUUCUCGCUCUCCAUCUUUUACUCUUUCUCUCUCUCCUUUACUCUUUCAAUCUCUCUUUUUCUCUUUCUUUCUCCCUUGUAGUUUUUCUCUCUUUUACUUUUCCACUCUUUUACUCUUUCUCUCUUUCUUUUACUCGUUCUCUCUCUUUUACUCUUUCUCUCUCUUUCUUUUAA